AAUGGGAGUAAUUAAUUUUGUAAGAUGAAAUAAAAAAAGAAAAAAGGAAAAAGGAGUGAGUAUUUUGUGGUAGAACGAAGAAGAAGAAGUGGUAUAGCUGGCAGAAGGUGGGGAAGGCCGGCGAGCGCUUCAACCGCAUUUCAUUUCUUUCCUUCUUUUCAAAAUUAACCCCAUUUUUCAUCUCUCUCUUCUUUCUCUUUCUAACCUCUCUCUUUCCCUCUCUCUUUCCAUCUCUGCUCCUGCAAUUUGGGAUCUCUCUCCACUUCCAACAAGUCAGAUCCCUCACCAUUACCAUUUCAUGGGUUUCUCUUGAUUUUCUUAUUUCCUCUUUCUUUCUUUUCUCUCUCUUGCUGUCCCUCAUGAACAAUCUAUUCUAAACAAUACCCAUUUCGAGUUAUUACGCAUUGUUGUUUCUGGGGUUCAGAUCUGGUGCUUCGACAUGAGUGCGUCCAGGUUUAUAAAGUGCGUAACGGUUGGUGAUGGGGCUGUGGGUAAAACCUGUAUGUUGAUUUCAUAUACGAGUAACACCUUUCCCACGGACUACGUGCCUACCGUUUUCGACAAUUUCAGUGCCAAUGUGGUGGUUGAUGGAAGCACGGUCAACCUAGGACUAUGGGAUACUGCUGGUCAAGAGGAUUACAAUAGAUUAAGACCACUGAGCUAUAGAGGUGCUGAUGUUUUUAUUCUUGCUUUCUCUCUCAUAAGCAAGGCCAGCUAUGAAAAUGUUGCCAAGAAGUGGAUUCCUGAAUUGAGACAUUAUGCACCUGGUGUUCCAAUAGUCCUUGUUGGAACCAAACUUGAUCUUCGGGAUGACAAGCAGUUCUUUGUAGACCACCCUGGUGCAGUGCCCAUCUCCACUGUUCAGGGAGAGGAGUUGAGAAAAGUUAUUGGAGCUCCGGCAUACAUCGAGUGUAGUUCAAAAACCCAGCAGAAUGUGAAAGGAGUGUUCGACGCAGCCAUUAAAGUGGUGCUCCAGCCGCCAAAGUCUAAGAAGAAGAAGAAGAAGUCACAGAAUGUCUGUUCCAUCUUAUGAUUGCAGAAGGAUGAUGCUUUUGCUCGUGCCAAAGGAACGACGACUUCAUAUGUACUCACCUUUUUCUCAGCAUAUCUUCAAUCCCAUGUCAUCCCAAGGAAGUGGCAAAUGAUGGACCAUAUCAUAUCCCCCCAAGCUGACAUUCCAAGAUGCAAAUAGAACAGUGAUGAUGUUUGUUUCUUAUUUUGCAAUCAGUUUGUUAGUGAUGACCAACAUUGCUAACCCUAAUUUGUCUGUUUGAAUUGUUCAUGUAUUAAUGAGAUACCUAAAACGAACUGCUCCCUGGGCAUGAACAUGGUUAGUACUGGUAACAUAUUUUGUCUAAUUCCAUUCACAUGAUGAUGAUCAAGUCUACGA